UCAGUAUUGCAGAUGUUCGAUGUACAUGAGGCACUGCUAUUCAACCGUAAAGAUAAAGGGAAAUCAGAUCCUGACUGCCUCACUGUGCUAUUACAGGUGUUGGUGGGAGUGCAUUUGGCUCUUUUAUUUGACAGGGAUGAAGGUUCCUUUCUUUCAGAACAAUAUAAGCAAGAAACCAGUCAGUCUGGGUUGCCUGCAGAAUCAUAAGUGGAAAGUCAGGCAGAACUAGCUGCUCAAAUUCUCAGUUGCUUGAUAAUGCUGCCUGUCUGUUCAGUAGGAGAUGCACGCAUCAGAGGAAAGGCAUUGUGCUGUUAUGCACCAAGGGAGGGAUUUAUCACAGCGUUCACUGUGCUCUUUUUUAGGUACAAUAAAACAAAAUUAAUUAAUUUUUUUAUUUUAAUUUAUUAGCACAAUAGAAUAGAUACAGAUGUCCCACAAUAAAUUCAUAUGGAAAUUAAUAUACCUGAAAGUUUUGCAUAAAAUAAAGACUUAAUAAAUCUAAAUGUUCUCAGUGAUAAAUGUAAUCAACAUAGCAAUGGACUAAUAGAGCAUUCUGGGCUCUCUUCCAGGCACUGGGUCUGCUAACCCUAUAAAAAUGGAUGACUUUAACGAGAAGACAAUCACCAUGAUUACAGGAGAAAUGAACCCUUACACAGUACAGCUGAGGGAGCGAUCCUAUCCUGUUCUCCUGCCCCCUCGAUCACUUGAAGGACGCAGGGCCAGGACCCUGCAGAACCAACGGCGUCUGGAGAGCCCAUGCCCUCCCUACUCACCUUCCUUUCCCCCAGAGCCUCCAGAUGCAGGCAUGGUUUUUACACAAACACAUGGACCACUGAACACUACUGCUGAGAGGAUCCCUGUGCUGGACAACUCGCAGCAUAAACCAUAUCUUGCGAGUCUCAAGGAUGAGGUUUUCAAAUCCAACCAGGUUAACGAAUCCAGUCAAACAUGUCAGGUGGUAUUUAACAACACUGCCUACAUGUGUGAUGUGUGCUGCAAGAGAAAUUGUGUCUGCAAGCUAUCUGAGUCAGAUGGCACUAAACCACAAACAAAUAUCAACAAACCUGCUCUGACAGUAUAUGAGACAGAGAAUACCAAGCUGGAACCGGUUUUUGCACAACACACGUUUCAGGCUGUGCCGCAAGAGAAGGAAAUGAACCAGAGGGAUUUGUCCUAUAGCAGAACCCAGAACCAUGUGGUAGAAAAUAACCCUUUUGAGCUUAAGUGCACAGCGCCACCCAGUGCAAAGGAGACAGACAGGCGUGUACGCUUUGAGCAAACAGAGACAGACUUUGAAGAGGUGGGGAAAAUAAAGCAGGGCUCUUGUACCAUUCCCUCCAUCUGUCCAUGCUUCUCUAGAGGUACCUUUGGGUAUGGAGUAAAGAGAAGCAGGGAUUUGGGGUCUGAUCUGCUGGAGCUUCAGGACUCUUUCAGCCGAACAAAGGCCCACCGAAUCUUCAGUGAGUCCUUGCAGGAUGCCACUGUGGACCUCAGGGACAACCAUCACACCGGGAGAAAGCACUUCUUCUAUGGCUUGAACUCUUACUAUUUUCAUAACUGAAAACCUAAACUAUAGAGUUGCUGGAAAGUGGAAUAAAUGCUUGUGAUGGUAGACCUGG